AUGGAGCAAACGGUUCUUCUACUUCUUCGGGCAACAACCCAACCCGAUACUGCCGCCAUUAAGGAUGCCGAGAAGGGUCUUCUCGGGCUUUAUCCUCAACCUGAAUUCCCCCUUGCCCUCCUGGCCGUCGCUACCCACAACGACAUCGAGUCUGGAUCCCGAAAAGCCGCCUUGACCACUCUUAAGAAUUAUGUCGCCACAACAUGGUCCCCCCAGCUUGGUGAAACUUUUACUGGAACAGUAUACUUGGAUGACGAAGCCAAAGCUCGAGUACGCGAUCAGGUGUACGCUAUUUGCACAGCCGAAGGUGACCAGGCAUCCAAGGACGCCACGAUCCAAGCACUUGCAGCCAGUGUCGUCUGUAAGAUUGCAAGCGUGGACUUCCCAGACGCCUGGCCAUCCUUGUUCCCAUCACUCCUCACCAUCUUGAACACAUCAAACAAUGACGACCCAAUCCAUGGCGCUCUCAGAGUUCUUGCAGAAUUGAUUGACUCCGGACUGACGGAAGAACAAUUCUUCGUGGUUGCACGGGAUCUUGUCAAUGCCUUGCAGCAUGUCACCGUUGACAACCAUCGUAGUUUGAUCGUUCGAGCCAUGGCUCUUAAUGUCUUCCGAGGUUGUUUCGAGAUGCUGGAAAUGGUUAUGGGAGACCAUGGGGCUGCGGUGAAAGCAUUUCUGGAUGAAUCUAUGAAAUACUGGAUGCCGUUCUUCAUGGAGACACUGAAAGAGCCGUUACCGUACUCAGGGAAAUCCAGAAUUGACCAGGAUGAUGGCCAAUUACGAGGCCUUGUGGCAUUGAAAGUUCAGGUUGUCAAAACUCUUGAUAAACUCAGACAAGUCUAUGUUCAUGCCAUCUCACCUCACGCAGUAGUGUUGUUCGAGAUUGUCUGGGAAGAAUUAUCGAGGAUCGCAUCUCCCUAUGCCGAACUAUUCAUCGAGGGUAAUGCAGAAGGAAAGCUAGUUGACAGUGACAAUCUCCCCUGCAGUCUUGACGCUUUGGUACUCGAAGAACUCGAUUUUCUGCAAAUCACCAUCAGAGCUCCACCGGUUCGCUCGGAACUUUCAACUCAAAUGAAGCAACUAGGCGACGCACCACAUACGGUUUCCUGGUUACAAGAGCUCAUCCGCGUGUUGGUGCUGUAUGCGAGAAUACCAAAGGAGGACCAAGAAUUGUGGGAAUUCGAUGCCAAUCUUUAUCUGUGUGAAGCCAUAUCUCUCACUGCAAAUUACACCCCAAGAGCUGCCUGCGCCGAAUUGGCAGUACGAAGCCUCGGAGAGUGGUUGAAACAGAUCCCGAUUGUCGCCAUGCUUCAUUUCAACCAAAAGACGUUGUCGAGUGUAACAUCUACCUGGAAAGAACGCGAGGCUCUCCUCUAUCUUUUGAACCAAUGUCUCAAAGAUGUCGGCGAGAUCUCUGGCAAACUCGAAUCCGCCACAGCCUCGGCGGUACUCGCAGAGGUAUCCGGCUCACUACAGGACUCACAAAUUUUCCCCCGGGCUGCUGCACACCUUGUUUUGGGCUCCUUCUUCAAGAUCGCAGGCGACGAAUACGUUUCAGCCGGUGCCGCAUCCUUUACUAGUGCCAUUGACGCCUGCUCCACCGAUUCCUCCGACGUUGUCAAAGUCGCCUGUCUAAGCAUUAUCCCUGACUACCUUGACGCACUACCGUCGAAUGUGACACAACCAAUGCACGGCGCAAUCAUCAACGUGAUCGACGAGUUUCUUUCAUCCCACGACUUAAGAUACGACCUGGAGGAUGCCGACGACGUCAAAGCGGUAAUGAUACAAUCUCUUCGCGACACAAUUCUUCUCGACACCAGAACUGUGACGGAGACCAAAGCCAUCGACUUGUUCUUCACACUUGCUUCUAGUGGUGCCGCUAACUUCCAGCUUUUCGCCCAGCUGACUGAAGCGUUCGAAAACAUUGUUUCCUCCGUUGUUGCACACGGCCAGGACAAUUACAUGCGUCUAUGUGCGAAGACUCUUCCCUCACUCACGGGAGCCUUCGACGUCGCCAACUUAACUGAGGAAUCGGCAUUGGCAAACCUUGCCGCCGAACUCGUCUCUGCACUCGCAGAAUUCGGCUCAGACCCUCUGCCGCCAGGCUUUGUCAACACGGUCAUGCCAAAAUUGCAGCGUGUGCUGAUGGAAGCAACCGAAGCUGAAAUUGUUCGACCAGCCACUGUCGCCGUCCAACACAUGCUCAGCAAAGGCACCACGCAAUUCCAAACCUGGAUAGACCCCGAGGGCAAAUCAUCCAUCGAAGUGACAUUGACCAUCAUCAACCGACUGCUGAACUCUCCCGACGUCGAUGAGAACGCAGCCCAAGAAGUUGGCGGCCUAGCCCUGUCGCUCGUGCACAAGUUUGGUGCCGACAAACUCGGCCCUUACCUGAUGGACCUCCUGCGCGCCUUGGCCAUUCGACUCGCCACCGCCGACCGCAUCCAAUUCAUCCAGAGCCUAUGCAUGGUGUUCGUCGGCCUAUCGCUCGACGCCCCCAAAGAAGUGAUCGAUUUCCUAUCCGAAGUUAACAUCAACGGCGCCAACGGUUUGACCGUGGUGCUGACCAAAUGGCUCGAAAACUCAGUGCAUUUUGCGGGUUUUGACGAAGUCCGCCAGAACGUCGUGGCCCUCUCCAAGAUCUUCUCACUCCAAGACCCUCGCGUCCAAUCCGUGACCGUCAAGGGCGAUUUAAUCGUCGACGCCAGCACCGACGGCCGCAUCAAGACGCGAUCCCAAGCCAAACUCAACCCGGACCGCUGGACCAGUGUCUCUGCAGACCUGAAGAUUCUAAAGAUCAUGGUCGACGAGUUUGCGUCCGCUGCGACUUCGCAGUUCCCUAACUUGGCAGCCGCACAGGCCGCCGCGGAGGCACUGGAGGAAGAAGACCCCGAGGCCGAAGAUGCCGGUGAUUGGGAAGAUGUUCAGACGGGAGGGGCUAUUGAUCUAGCCAGCGCGAGUGUGAGGGAUGAUUUGAUGGCGCUGGCCGGCGAAGGUGGCGUAGGGGGAGAUGGCGCUGGUCUUAGUCCGACCGGUUCGCGCGCCAGAGAUGAGGAAACGGCCGAGUAUCUUUUGCAGUGGUUCAAAGGGGAGGCGGAGAAGGAAGGGUUUGCAUCCUUGUUCGAUCAGCUAAGUGAAGAGGAAAAAGGGCGAUUGCGUGAGUUGGUUGCCUAA